GGAUUGUGCGCUGAUUAUGCAGUCACCGAUUUUUGUUUUGCGAACGCGGUUACUGACUACGAUCUCAUCUGCGUGUUCUAGGAACGUGAAAAUCAAGUAUGUCUUCCCCAUUGUUAAAGAUCUUUUUCAGUUCAAGAUGGACUAUUUCUAUCUUGCUGUCGUUUUUUGCUGCACGGUGGGCCAUAUAUUCAUUAUCUUUGCGUCUUUCUUCCUUUGCAUGAAAAAUAGGUGUUUAUGAGCAAGCUCGCCGAGCAAGCCGAAAGAUACGAUGAAAUGGUUGCCUACAUGAAGGAAGUUGCCAAGGUAUGUAGUCAACACACGCUGCAUCUAUCUUCUCCCCACACAGAAGCUCCGCCCAUUUGAUCUAAUUGCGGCGAUUAUAACUUUUCCAUAGCUCAAUGUUGAAUUGACCGUCGAGGAGCGAAAUUUGCUUUCUGUCGCCUACAAAAACGU